CUGCCGUAAAAUGUUUGACGGCUGCCUCUUGCCUCUCAUCUUUCCCUGCCUGCUGCUUUGGGGACUGGACGCCGGCACAGCUGGCGGAGCGGAGCUGGAAGUGGUGAUCCCGGAGCGAGUGGCGCUGGAGAAGAUCCACCUGCUACCGCCCGCCGUGAGAGGGGAUCGCGGCGGCCCCCGGCGCCGGCGGGCGCUGCCUCGACAGCGGGCAGCGGCGGAGGCGCUGCUGCUCCGCCUGCCCGCCGCCGGCGCCGAGCUCUACCUGCACCUCCGCCGCGACCUGCGCUUCCUGUCCCGGGGCUUCGUGGUGGAGCAGCGGCGCGGCGAGGCGCGGCGGCCCCCGGAGGAGCGGCUCUGCUUCUACACGGGACGCGUGCUGAACCGCAGCGACUCCUUCGCCUCGCUCAGCACCUGCGCCGGGCUGGUUGGCUAUAUCCAGAUUGGAUCAGAGCACAUGCUAAUCCAACCAGUGAAUUCAUCAGAGGCCUCAUUUAGUGGAAAAGAACACUUCAUCAGGCGCAGACGAUCCACAAAGUCAAACCAUCCCAUGAAGUCCCACGUUCCUGAUGAGCACUGCAAAGUCCUAGCAGAAAAGAAGAGACAAAAGAAAACAAAAUCAACCAGUGACUGGAGGGAGAGGAGAAACGCCAUUCGACUCACCAACGAGUACACAGUAGAAACUCUGGUGGUGGCAGAUGCUGAUAUGGUCCAAUACCAUGGUGCAGAGGCUGCUCAAAGAUUCAUCCUCACGGUUAUGAAUAUGGUGUACAACAUGUUUCAGCAUCAAAGUCUUGGAAUUAAAGUCAACAUCCGAGUGACCAAACUAGUCCUGCUUCGCAACCGGCCUGCAAAGUUGUCUAUUGGUCAUCAUGGAGAGAGGUCUCUGGAGAGCUUUUGUCAAUGGCAGAAUGAAGAGUAUGGUGGGGCAAAAUACCUUGGUAACAACCAGGUUCCUGGCGCAAGGGAUGACACCCCGCCUGUGGAUGCUGCUGUUUUUGUAACCAGGACAGAUUUCUGCGUGCACAAAGACGAGCCUUGUGACACUGUGGGAAUUGCUUACCUUGGAGGUGUCUGCAGUGCCAAGAGAAAAUGCGUUCUUGCUGAAGACAACGGUCUCAAUCUGGCAUUUACAAUUGCACAUGAGCUUGGCCACAACAUGGGAAUGAGCCAUGAUGAUGAUCACCAACCCUGUGCAGGGAGGUCUCAUAUUAUGUCUGGAGAAUGGGUGAAGGGCAGGAACCCAAGUGACCUCUCCUGGUCUUCAUGCAGCCGCGAUGACCUUGAAAACUUCCUAAAGUCCAAGGUCAGCACAUGUUUGCUGGUAACAGACCCCCGAAGCCAGUACGCGGUGCGGCUCCCUCACAAGUUGCCUGGAAUGCACUACAGCGCUGAUGAACAGUGCCAGAUACUUUUUGGGACCAACGCUACCUUCUGUAAGAAUAUGGAGCAUUUGAUGUGUGCUGGGCUCUGGUGCCUGGUGGAAGGAGAUACAUCCUGUAAAACAAAGUUGGAUCCCCCUCUGGAUGGCACUGAAUGUGGUGCAGACAAGUGGUGCCGAGCUGGGGAGUGUGUCAGCAAAACUCCCAUCCCUGAGCAUGUUGAUGGAGACUGGAGCAUGUGGAGUCCGUGGAGCAUGUGCAGCCGGACCUGUGGCACAGGAGUGCGAUUCAGGCAGCGGAAAUGCGACAAUCCCCCCCCUGGGCCAGGUGGGAAGAACUGCCGGGGAGCCAGCGUGGAGCACACUGUAUGUGAGAACUUACCCUGCCCUAAAGGUGUGCCAAGCUUCAGGGACCAACAGUGCCAAGCCCAUGACAGAUACACCAACAAGAAAAAAAGCCUUCUGACAGCUGUCAUUGUUGAUGAUAAGCCGUGUGAGCUCUUCUGCUCUCCCUUGGGGAAGGAUUCCCCUGUGCUGGUGACAGACAGGGUCCUUGAUGGUACUCCCUGUGGGCCUUAUGAGACUGACCUCUGUGUACAUGGCAAGUGCCAGAAAAUUGGCUGCGAUGGAAUCAUUGGCUCAGCUGCCAAAGAGGAUCGCUGUGGAAUCUGCAGUGGUGAUGGCAAAACCUGUAAAGUGGUGAAAGGUGACUUCAACCACACCAAGGGGAUGGUAACCAAUAGUCAUUGUAAGAAGGUUUCCACAUGUGUGAUGGCAAAGGCAAAGACUGUUCCCAAGUGUUUCUCGUGUUACAUCGAAGCAGCUGUGAUCCCUGCAGGUGCCCGGCGGAUCAGAGUGGUUGAGGAUAAACCUGCUCACAGUUUUCUGGCUUUAAAAGAUUCCAGUAAGAGAUCCAUUAACAGCGACUGGAAAAUUGAGCUUCCUGGUGAGUUUCAGAUCGCAGGCACUACUGUCCGGUACGUGCGAAGGGGGCUGUGGGAGAAAAUCUCUGCCAAAGGACCAACUAAAAUACCACUGCACUUGAUGGUGCUGUUGUUUCAUGACCAGAAUUAUGGAAUUCAUUAUGAAUACACCAUUCCUGUAAACUAUACUGCUGAAAACAGAAGCGAGCCAGAAAAGCAGCAGGAUUCUUUGUACAUCUGGACUCACAGCGGAUGGGAAGGGUGCAGUGUGCAGUGUGGAGGAGGUGAAAGGAAAACUAUUGUGUCCUGUACUCGAAUUAUUAACAAGACCAUGACAGUGGUGAAUGACAGCGACUGCCAACGAGCGAAUCGCCCCGAGCCCCAGGUCAGGAAAUGUAACACACACCCCUGCCAGUCACGGUGGGUGACUGGCCAUUGGAGUCCCUGCUCUGCUACUUGUGAGAAAGGUGUCCAGCACCGGGAAGUGACUUGUGUUUAUCAGUUGCAAAACGGCACCUACGUUAACACAAGAGACCUCUACUGCCUUGGCAACAAACCAGCAACAGUGCAAAGCUGUGAAGGACGGGACUGCCUUUCUAUCUGGGAAGCAUCAGAGUGGUCAAAGUGCUCAGCAGACUGUGGCAAGGGGAUUCAGAAAAGAACAGUGACGUGCACAAAUUCUCAAGGAAAAUGUGAUGCAGCCACCAGGCCAAGAGAUGAGGAAGAGUGUGAGGAUCACACAGGCUGUUACGAAUGGAAAACGGGCGAUUGGUCUAAGUGCUCCUCAACCUGUGGGAAAGGCCUGCAGUCACGCGUGGUGCAGUGCAUGCACAAGGUCACCGGGCGCCAUGGCAAUGAGUGCCCUGUCCUCUCCAAGCCAGCGGCCUACAGACAGUGCCACCAAGAAGUCUGCAAUGAGAAGAUCAACGUCAACACCAUUACCUCGCCCAGACUCGCUGCUCUCACGUACAAGUGCACGGGCGACCAGUGGACAGUGUACUGCAGGGUGAUCCGGGAGAAGAAUCUGUGCCAGGACAUGCGGUGGUAUCAGCGCUGUUGCCAGACUUGCAGAGACUUUUAUGCAAACAAGAUGCAGCAGAAGAGUUAAUGAACCUGUGCUACUUCUUCGAGUGUCACAGCUAUUUGUAUGUCAAUCACGGACUAGUAGGUCUGAGUACUGGAAUUUCACGAGUUGCUACAAUGUGGUGGAUUCCAAAGCGUACCUAAUAAGACUUGAAACUAAUUCUACAGACUGGAUACCAAAGUCAUCCACUCAUCCACCUUAAAACAAACAGAGUCAUCUCAAGGAGCCCAUCAUUUUAUCGUAUUUUGACAUCCUUACAUUUCUCAUUAAUGCUUUUUUACUUUAAUAUAUUAAAUCACCAGCCACUGGAUGGCUUGCUACCAUUAAAGAGAAGGACAAGAGUUGCAAAGAGAUAACAUUGACUAAGGUUAUGGGUUACCUCCAUGGAGGAAGAAGGCCUCUGGCAAAGUAAUUCAGCAAAGGUAGAGACAUUGCUUAAUCUUUAAUCUUGGUUUGCAUCUAAUGUUUUCAGCUCCCAACAGUUAUCCCACUGCAGAGUGGGCUUGAAGGGACACACAUAAAUGAAAGGCUUAAUUUAAAGAGAGGAUUUGCUGUAAAAGCUUGUGAAAACUGAUAGCAGAGGAUGAACAUCUCUGAAAUUCCUGCAGAAAGCUCAGUCCCAUUACAUCCAGCAUUGCGAGUCAUAUUUUUUAGAGCAACUAAUAGAGACUGCUCUGCUUUCUAAUUUAAGGAAACCCCAAUCCUCUUUCUCUUUUCCCCAGAAUAAUAUAGUUUCUUUUAUGAAACCUAAUUUUUCUUUCAGCUAAUGAAAUGGAAGCUCAUUAACAGCAGUAGAUAGUUACUUUUAAGCAAGAACCAUUUACAGGAGGUGGGAGAAGGCAGAAAUCAUUUCAUCCAGUAGAGCUCAGUGACAGAUUGCUUGGCCUAAUCUCUCUCCAGUUUCUAAAAGUCAAUCAGAUAAUGAGGCUGAUUUUUUUGUCUUUAUGAAAGAGGACCAUGAAACUGAAUAGGCUUGGUACAGAAAUAGGAACAAAUCUGUGUGAAGGAUGGAGUGGAGAGCAGAACAGGUGUUUGCUAUCUCUUGGCUCAGUAUACACCUGAGGUUAUGUAGCCCAUUUGAGUCAAAAGUAGUCAGGGAUACAGGACAUUCAAAGCGUAAUCUUGAGCUUGUUGAAGCCAUAAGACACCCAUUGCUUUCGGUAAGGGCUGGGGUUUUACUCACUGUAUUGUAAUGCUUCCUGUCUUUUGUGGUGCUAUCGGAUUGGUGCUAUCAGAUUGGUGCUAUCGGGGCACUUAGCAAGUGCUGCACAGAUGAUACUCUCUUCCACAUCUCUGCACUUUAAACCAAGCUCCCCUCUGAGAUGUGAGACUUGAAACAAGAGCUCUACCCAGGGCAGAGUUUGUCCCCUCCGUUAGGCCUACAGAUCAAUGACUCCCUAUCAUAUCUUGCUCCAACACGGAUCAUUUCCCUUGCCAGGCCCAAGGUCGGUUGUGUGGUGGUGAAGUUACAGCCCACUCUUCACUAUGUGUACAGAGCUCUUUGGAUGAAUUGCAGCUCUGUACUCACUCUAGAACUGCGUGUUGCUGUUUUACCCUUUGGAGAUGAGUGCAGAACUAAGCCCAGCUGCUACCCUCAGCCUCUGGGCCACUCUGGAUUGCAGCUCACGCCUGUCCUCACGUUGUCUUUGGUGCUGUUGUCUCUUUUUUCCAAUGCAAGAAGGGAUAAAGACUCUUAGUACCUAACACACCUUUAAAGCAGCUUUUCCCACUUUAUUACAAUCUUUUCAGUCUCCAGGACCUCGCUGGCACAGCUCAUCAGCAUUUUAUUAAGGGCUACAUCUUUCAAGCAGAGGGAGCUAAUGUUCAUCCACAAACUAACAGUGUGUGGGCUUCACAUUUGCACCCAUGCUUGUUAGUGCAAAUGAGAGUGUGUGCACACAAGGGCUGGCCUGUGUGCACAAAGGCACAUUCGCACACACUGUUUCCUCAAGUGCCUGUCUCAGAUCUGCUUUCCAAUGCCUCAGAUGAGUUUCUCUAUCAGGGAAAUGAUUCUAACUUGGGUUUUAUUAUAUAUACUUUUGACAUUUUAUAGUCAGGAUCAAACCUCCUUCUUCUGUUAAUCCCACCCUGUAGCCCAAACACAGAGGUUGUAUAACUACUUAGUGAGUGAUCGAUGGAAAACGCUACUUGUGGGAUGACAGGGAAGAUUUGGGCAGUCCCAAAGAUCCAAGAGAUCAGACAGAGCCCAGAGGACCUGAUUUGUGUUGGUAAUUCACAGCCAUAGUUUGCUUCCUUGUACUCUGCAGUAACACAGCCCCGUACGGGAGGGCAGUGACUGUCCUUGCUGCCUCCCACAGCCACCUCGCAGCAGUUGCUGAUCACUUUUGGCAUGACUAACACUCAAGAUGGGCUGUUGAAGGAUUUGCCAUUGGGCUUCUCUGUUAUCUUGGAAGAAUAGCCAGUGCAUUUAAUAUUAAUGGCAAUCAAAGGUGCUUUUAAAUAGCAGGGAUCAUUUUUCCCUCCGGUGCUGUCACCCUCUCUAGGCAAUAGAUGGUCUCCUAGAAAGGUGUAGAGGAGAGGAAGGAUGUUAAUUCCUAUGUUUCUCACUAAUAAUUCACUGCUGGCUGCUGUCCAGAACAGAAUACUGAGCUAAUUAGACCUGUGGCCUGCCCCAAUAUGCUACAUCCUGCACUUCAAAGGACAUUUGUGUCCGAGUUCUGGGUCCCACCUAAGGAAACACAAACUGAUGAUUAAUUCUUUCAAACGUCUGAGCACUGAAAAAAAACCCACCUCACCUCACUUGCUCUCCCAGCCCACAGAUUAGGGUGCAUCAGCUUUUUUACUAAUCAGAAACCAACACUAAUGACAAACUGAUGGUGCAACACAGCUCCAUUUUUACUGCAUUCUCUUCACCUGGUGACAACCAUCCCGUUCCGUAACAGCCAGAAAAACCGUCGCUGUACAAAAGCUUCAUUCUGUUCAAUACUACUGCACUUCUGUAUCCUUUUUAUAGGAGCUUUACUAUGAAUUUACAGCUCUGCUCUGCCCGUAGUUACUACAUCCUGGUGAAAAGGAAGCUGUUUGUUCCAGUGUAUCUAUGACAAUACUUUCCUUUAGUCCUUCGUAAGAGGUUGACGCUCUUUUGUGAUUACAGUGGUGGUAUUUCCAUAUUGUAAACCAUACUCUGUACUGUUACUAAAGUACUGUACAUUUCUAGUUGCACAAUUGUGUUAUUGAGUGUAGAUUCUCACUAUCUCAUGUAUGGUGCUAUUUUGUUGUUGUUGUUGUUGAUGGAAAAGAAUCUUAGCAGUUGAUUAUUGCUUGAUGUUUUAUUAUAAUACAGGGAUAUAUUCUCCAUGGCAAUAAUAUCAUGUAAGUUUUUCAUUACAGAGUGAAAUGUGUAUAUUUUUCCAUUAGCUAAUUUGCAUAUGUACUGUAUCCAUGGUAAUUUUCCUUUUGGUGCUGGUCAGAAAGAGAAAAAAAACCCAACAGUCAAACUGAAUGGAACCAGUUGGAAAUGAAAACCAAAGAGAAGCCCCAAACCAACAGAGGAUCAUUCCAUUUGGAGACAAAAAAAAAGGACUAUGAUGUUGGAUAAUAAAUUGAUUUUUUCCAUAACAACUUUAAUAAGGUUUCUGGACUUGGAAAGAAAAAAAAGAAACACAAAGCAAAACAGCAUGAAAAUUAAGUGAAAGGAGUGAAGCUGUAAGUAGUACAUGAUGCAUCUAAUACUGGGCUGAGACUGGGAUUGGGUUAAGUCUAGGCCAACUGUUUGAUAGCCAUGGUAGGUGUAAAAGGUCAUUUGGCAGCAAAAUUCUGACAUCUCAGAGUUCCCAGUGUGCUAACAAAUUGAGAAAUGAUGAGUCUUGCAAAAUCAAGCACAGGGAAUGUUAAUACCUGAUUAAUGCUUUGCAAGGUCUGUGGUCAGUGACACACCAGUAGAAAAUGCCUGCCUGGAAAUAGUGAGCCAGGCUGCGUUUGGAGUAUCGCUGUGUGGGCCUGAGCAGGCCACAGGGAAGCUAACGCUGAUGUAUGGAGGGAGGGACGUGUUGCAAGUGCUGUUGAGAAGGGUUGCUUUCACUGUAUGUUGGAGCUGAGAGAAGUGGCAGCUUGCUGUAUGUUUAGUGGUGCUGCUCCACAGGUGCAACCUGGUGAUGAAGACUGCUGAGCCUGUGGAAAUUUAUAUUGGAGCAAAACUAUCCCAUCCGUUGGAAAGGUACCUACAUAACCUA